AUGAGUCUUUUAUGUCAACUGAAACUUCGUUCUGCUCGGGUCUUGAUUGUUGGUUGCGGUGGUCUUGGUUGCCCCGCUGCUAUUUAUUUGGCUGCUGCCGGUGUCGGCACUAUCGGUCUGUUGGAUGAUGACACUGUCGAGUUGAACAACUUGCAUCGCCAAGUCGCGCAUUCUGAAGCCGCGGUGGGAAAAUCCAAGGUCAGCUCACUGGCAGACCGAUGUACUCAGUUAAAUUCGACUGUGACCGUGGAACAACAUGUCACGCAUCUAACUAGCUCGAAUGCGGUACAGGUGAUUCAAAAGUACGAUCUGGUGCUCGAUUGUUCAGAUAAUCUAGCCACACGCUAUCUGAUCAAUGAUGCAUGUGCUGUUUCCGGACCCAAACCGUUGAUCAGUGGUAGCGCGUUGCGUCUGGAGGGUCAGAUGACAGUGUAUCUUGCCAACCGAAUGCUUACCAAAGAGGAAGCGGACAGUGACACGAGGCUUCCAUCGAGUGCUCGCGCACCGUGUUUCCGUUGCCUGUACCCCGUUCCACCAGCAGCAGACACUGUUCAAGGCUGUUCCGAAGCUGGGGUGCUUGGGGUCGUCCCCGGAAUUAUCGGUACCAUGCAGGCCGCGGAGGCGAUCAAACUGAUCACAGGAAUCGGGACGGUUCACAGUGGUCGUCUGUUUGUACUGGACAUGGAGAGGAAUCUGACGCGAACAGUCACAUUGCGGAAUCCACGAACAGAUUGCAAGGCCUGCGGGGACGAGGCCACUUUGAAUCCGGAGACCAUACCGUCCAUGGAUUAUGUGGAGUUUUGCGGCGCUCCGGAUCACGACAGGGUGUUCUUUCGUGAAAUCUCUGAGCAAGGCCAAUGGUUGUUUGGAGACUUCAUUCUGCGCACAUUUUCUUUCCUAUAUCGUUUAUCAUUCCUAUAUAUUCUCCCUCCCCUCGAUCUCUCCAUAUUUCUUGCACCACCACCACCACCUGAUUCAGUCGUCCUGGUUUGUCAUCGUGGUAACAAGUCCCGUAUCGCAGCCCUCCAACUGGCCAGUGCACUUUGCUCUUUCCAUCAACGACAUUCCCGACCGGAUUUGACCGUGGAACUGUCAAGCGAUGCGGCCGGGGACCAGGUGCCAGAUUUUGUCGUGUGCGAUGUGGCCGGUGGUUUAGCCGCAUGGGCUAGUGAGAUUGAUCCCCAUUUCCCGGUCUAUUGA